GUGUAUAUGAUCUAAGAAGAAUCAAGUGAAUGUAGUAACUAAUAGUAAUACAUUGUAUAGUUCAGUGGCGUUAGUGUCGGCGUUAUUUUUGACAGUUGUUUUCGUUAACACGUGCAUUUACAUCAAUAUUUGUGGAACGAUGGUAUAUUAUUUUACAAGCGAGGUUGUACAACCACCAGUAACAUUAUUUAUGGGGGUUGAUAAAUAUGAAAAUGAGGAUUUGAUUAAGUGGGGUUGGCCAGAAGAUGUAUGGUUUCAUGUGGACAAGUACUCCUCAGCUCAUGUGUAUUUACGAUUACAUAUGGGUCAAACAAUAGAUGAUAUCCCUAGUACAGUUUUAGAAGAUGCUGCACAAUUAGUAAAAGCAAAUAGUAUUGAUGGAAAUAGAAUGAAUGAUAUUGAUGUAGUUUAUACAAUGUGGUCUAAUUUGAAAAAGACUCAGGAAAUGGAAGUUGGUCAAGUUGGUUUUCACAAAGAGAAAGAUGUUCGUAAAAUUCAUGUUACAAAACGUCAAAAUAUUAUUGUUAAUCGACUUAAUAAAACUAAACGUUCUGAACAAGUAAAUUUACAAGCAGAAAGAGAACAAAGAGAUAGAAAUGAGCGGAAAGAUAAGAAAAAGCUUUUAAGAGAACAAAAAGAAAGAGAAAAAGCUGAAGAGAAAAGACGUCAAGAAGAAGCUGAAAUGAGAAGCUACAAUUCUUUAUUUAAUUCAUCUAACAUGACAUCAAAUACAGAAAAUAGUGGCUAUGAUUCAGACGACUUUAUGUGAUGAACUCAAUAUAAUUUAAUUAUUACAAGUGGUGCCUAUUGUAGAUCAUACUUUAAUUGAUAUUAUAGAGAAUAUAAUUGAAAUAAAAUAGAAAGCACUUGUAUUGAAUAUGUAAUUUGGUUACUAAUUGAACACUUGUUUUCAUAUUUAUAUUAAUAGUAUAAUGUGAAGUUAUUAAUAAAUUAUGGUGUAUUAUGUACUUUUUAAUUUUAUUUACAAAUAUUUUAUUUUAGUUGUAUGUUAAUAACAUUUGAAUUAUAGUACAUAAGUAAUAUCUAGUAAUAUAGUACAUAAUAAAAAAUACUUAAGAAAUAGUAGAAUUAUAUUAUAUGGGCACCAAUUUCAUUAAUUGUUAUAAUAAUGUAAUAUUAACUGUUUGCAAAGCAUUAACUAUCCAUUCUGGGUACUUUUUAUCUGGAUAUACAUUUAACAUGUAAUUUUGUACAAAUUCAGGAUAUUUUUGUUGCUUUAUACUUUCUCUAAUAUCUUUCAUUAAUUUCAUUUGAAAUGCUAUAUUAUGAACUGUUAAUAAGUGACAUGCAACUGUUUCUAUUGUAACUAUUUGAUGAAGAUAUGCACGUGUAUAUGUCUUACAAGUGCUACAUGGACAAGAUUCAUCAAUUGGCCUCAUAUCUUUACUAUAUUGGUUUUGUUUUAAAUUAAGUUGACCUGUACGUACUAAAGCACAACCAAAUCUCUGAAAUUAUAAAUUAAAAACAUAAUGUUUUUAUAGAAUUAUUUUGGAAGUAUAAUAAAGGAUAUAUAGUGCUUUA